UUUCUUCCCCUCUUUUUCUGUUUCUAUUUUAAUCCAACUAUCUUCUUUUGUAUCCGAUGAUUCCUUUAUGUUUAUUAUCAACUGGGUGUGUUUAAAUUCUGCCGAUGGAACUUGCUGGAUGAAGAAAUCGAUUGUUGGGUAUCGAUAAUUUUUGUUUCCUCGAAAGGGUAUUUCCGAGGGAUGUUUGGAUGCUGAAAUUUGUUUUCUGGAAAUUACUGUUCCUGGUUGUUUGAUUCUAGGUCUACAGAGAUUCAAAUCUGUUCUUGGAGGAAUAUAUGAGACCCCCCCACCCUUGUAUUUUGUUUUUCUGGAAUCUGUAGGUUUCAGCUUCUAACCCAGUUCUUGAUUUGUUUUUUCUUUAUGGUUUAUCCAGCUGAUCUCAUCAAGUUUAUGAGUUUGAUUGAGUUGCAAUGUUGGUCAGGGUUCAAUUGGAGCUAUUUAAAGUGGCCUGUCGUGUUUCAAAAGUUUCUUGAGUUGAUAUUUUCUCUCAAUUGCAGAGAAAUUGGGAAUGGGGGAUGGGAUUCGUGGUUUAUGUCCCUUGAGGAGCAGUCCCAAAUUGUUUGCAACAAGGUGAAGAAAAUGAAAGAGCUAAAAGAGGGCUUCAACUUUGUUGGUCUCUCCCAGGGUAACUUAAUCGGGCGAGCAGUCGUAGAAUUCUGCGAUGGAGCGCCUCCUGUUAAGAACUUCAUCUCUUUAGGCGGUCCUCAUGCUGGCAUAGCCUCUGUUCCACUUUGUGGUUCUGGCAUUUGGUGCAUACUUGCAGACGACAUAAUGAAGUUAGGUAUCUACUCAGAUGCUGUCCAAAAUUCUUUGGCUCCUAGUGGUUAUAUUAAAAUACCGAAUGAUAUCCCCAACUAUUUAGAGCACUGUAAGUUUCUCCCGAAGCUUAAUAACGAACGUCCCGAUGCCAGAAACUCGACGUACAAGGAACGAUUUAGUAGUUUAAAGAACUUGGUGCUAAUCAUGUUUGAGGAUGAUAAGGUUCUGGUCCCAAAGGAAACGGCGUGGUUCGGAUAUUACCCGGACGGGGAGUUUGAGCCUGUUUUACCCCCACAGCAGACAAAGCUUUACCUAGAGGAUUGGAUUGGAUUGAGAAGGUUAGAUGAAGGUGGAAGAGUCCAGUUCAUAAAAGUUGAAGGAGGUCAUCUUGGAAUCUCGUGCAGUGAUGCAAAAAAGUACAUUGUGCCUUAUCUGGAGGAGGAACAGCAGCAACCUCUUCAAUUUGGUUUACAAAGCAAGCAUGUGUCUUGGAGUUUAGCUUACAGGAAGUAGUAGCUUUCAAGCUACAAUCGAAUACCAUCAACAACCUUAUAAUAUUCAAGUACAGACAAAGCUUUUGCAUUAUUCAUAUUAUAAAAAUGUCCUUUUUAAGGAUAUUACUCCA